AUGACAAAACUUGCCCUCUCCUUGGUGUGUUUGCUUGUGUGCUUUUGUGGUGUUGUUCUUGCUGGAUCGGCCGAUGAUGAUUUGAAACAAGUUACUGAUAAAGUAUAUUUUGAUAUGCAAAUUGGUGAUAAACCUGCUGGCAGGAUUGUGUUUGGAUUGUUUGGUAAGACUGUUCCAAAGACUGCCGAAAAUUUCAAGCAAUUGGCCACUCAUGCUAAAGGCUUUGGCUACAAAGGAUCAAGCAUUCAUAGAAUCAUCUCUAACUUUGUCAUUCAAGGUGGUGAUUUUACUCAUCACAAUGGUAUGGGUGGUAAAUCCAUUUACGGAGAAAAAUUUGAAGAUGAAAACUUUAAGAUCAAUCACUUUGUGGGAUGUCUUUCAAUGGCCAAUGCUGGAAAGGAUACCAAUGGCUCUCAAUUCUUCAUUACUUUGGGUCCUACUCCAUGGUUGGAUGGUCGACAUGUUGUGUUCGGAAAGGUUUUGGAAGGCAUGGACGUUGUGAGAAAGAUUGAAAUGGUCAAGACACACGGUCAUGAUAAGCCUGUAGCUCCUGUCAAGAUUGUUGAUUGUGGAUUGUGGACGGACGACAUGGCUGAUUAUUAG